AUGGGCCCAAGCCAGAAGCCCAACGUGUGCGGCCGGCUCAGUCGCCGGGCGCUGGGCUUUUUCUCGCGCGACGCGGGCAUGGUGCAGAGGACGAACCUGGGCAUCUUGCGGGCGCUGGUGUGCCAGGAAAGUACUAAAUUUAAGAAUGUUUGGACAACUCAUUCCAAAUCACCUAUAGCCUAUGAGAGAGGAAGAAUAUAUUUUAACAAUUAUCGGUGCUGUGUCAGCAGUGUUGCAUCAGAGCCACGAAAACUUUAUGAAAUGCCAAAAUGUUCCAAAUCAGAAAAAAUAGAAGAUGCUUUAUUAUGGGAAUGCCCAGUGGGAGAAAUGCUUCCCAAUCCAUCAGAUUAUAAGUCCUCACUCAUAGCACUGACUGCUCAUAAUUGGCUACUUCGUAUAUCAGCAACUACGGGAAAAGUCCUUGAGAAAAUAUAUCUUGCUUCAUAUUGCAAAUUCAGAUACUUGAGCUGGGACACUCCACAAGAAGUCAUUGCUGUCAAGUCAGCUCAGAACAAAGGUUCAACAUUGGCCCGGCAGGCAGGCAUUCAGCAGCCUGUUUUGCUGUACCUUGCAGUGUUCCAUGUGCUGCCUUUUGCACUCAUAGGGGUUCUGGAGAUCAACAAAAAGAUUUUCGGGAACGUCACAGAUGCCACCUUGUCUCAUGGAAUACUGAUUGUGAUGUACAGCUCAGGACUGGUCAGACUUUAUAGCUUCCAAGCCAUCACCAAGCAGUUCAUGCAACAGAAACUUGACUUAGGGUGUGCAUGCAGAUGGGGUGGGACUACUGGAACUGUAGGAGAGGCUCCCUUUGGCAUUCCUUGUAAUAUUAAAAUCACAGAUACACCACCACUGCUCUUUGAGGUGUCCUCGCUGGAGAAUGCUUUUCAGAUUGGAGGCCAUCCUUGGCACUACAUCAUUACACCUAAUAAGAAGAAACAGAAAGGAGUUUUCCAUAUUUGUGCCCUAAAGGACAAUUCCUUGGCAAAAAAUGGGAUCCAAGAAAUGGAAUGUUGUUCUUUAGAAUCUGAUUGGAUCUACUUCCACCCUGAUGCUUCUGGCAGAAUAAUACAUGUUGGCCCAAAUCAGGUCAAAGUUUUAAAGCUAAGUGAAGUAGAAAAUAAUAGUGCCCAGCAUCAGAUCUCUGAAGAUUUUGUCAUUUUGGCCAACAGAGAGAAGAACAAAAAUGAAAACCUACCCACUGUUACAGCUUCUGGACGGGUGGUAAAAAGAAGUUUUACCAUUCUGGAUGAUGACCCAGAACAAGAGACUUUCAAAAUUGUCGACUAUGAAGAUGAGUUGGAUUUGCUUUCUGUGGUAGCUGUUACUCAAAUAGAUGCUGAAGGAAAAGCUCACCUGGAUUUCCACUGUAAUGAAUAUGGAACUUUACUUAAAAGUAUUCCACUCAUGGAGUCAUGGGAUGUGACGUACAGCCAUGAAGUCUACUUUGACAGAGACUUGGUACUACACAUAGAGCAGAAGCCCAGCAGGGUCUUCAGCUGCUAUGUUUACCAGAUGGUAUGUGACCCUGGGGAAGAAGAGGAAACCACAGACAAAAGGAGUAAAACAUAUCACAAUAAUUUUAGAUUUUGA